UUGAUGGCUUGCAUAAGAAUUUCAUGCAGCAUGAUUGUAGAGUUGCCAAAACCUAUUACAUAAUUGAAAACUGUUGGUAGCACUGCGUGUCAUCCAGUGAACGACGUUUGUGAAAAAUUUCUUCAGAUUUUCCAGGAUGGCGGCCGCUAAUAAACUUGCAGUUUUGAGCCGUUCGCUUAGUUCUCGAACUCAAUCUGUAAAGCCACCAAUUCAAGUAUUUGGUCUUGAAGGCCGUUAUGCCACAUCUCUAUACUCAGCUGCUUCCAAAUUGAAGCAAUUGGAUCAGGUGGAGAAGGAUCUGAAUGCCUUGCAAGGUGCUUUGAAGACAAGUACUUCGCUCCGUACGGCUAUUACCAGUCCAAUUAUCAACAAAAAGCUUAUGGCAAACACACUAAAUAAGGCUGCCGGCGAGUUGAAGUUGGCACCAGCUACUGCCAACCUUCUGGGACUGUUGGCUGAAAAUCGACGCUUGAAAAAUAUUGACUCGGUUAUAAAUGCCUUCAAAAUUAUUAUGGCUGCCCAUCGUGGCGAAGUUGUGUGUGAAGUCGUCACUGCCAAGCCGUUGGAUUCGUCACAAACCAAACAGUUGGAAUCAGCUCUUAGGGCAUUCCUAAAAGGUAACCAACAGUUGAAAAUUACAUCCCGCGUGGAUCCCAGCAUCAUUGGUGGCUUAAUCGUUUCCAUUGGCGAUAAAUACGUUGAUAUGAGCAUUGCCAGCAAAGUGAAAUUGUACACCGAUGUAAUUACUUCGUCGGCUUAAGGUAAAAGUUAAUUAGCAUUGAAUGAAUACAAUACAUGUAAUUUCAACCGAAAAUAAAAAAAAUAUGUUAAAAGAG